AUGGGGAAGAUCAAAACACCUGCCAAAACCACCACAAUUCAAACAGGUUCUUCUGGAACAAAGAAGCAAUCCUCUUUAAUGUCAUUUUUCAGACCAAUAUCAUCAAUUGAAAAACCAAAAGAGAAUAAAAUACCUAUAAUAUCUUCACCUUUAAGUUCCAAAACAUCAAUAAAACAAGAAGAAGCAUCAAGUGAUAAAGAAAAUGAUAAUACAAUGUUACAAGAAAAUGAAGAUCAUUUUACAUCGAGUAUGACUUCACCACCUGAAUUUAUUCAACCAAAACAAACACCAUUGAAAGAAAGAACACACACCUUGAAUUCGUCACCAGUACUUACAAAUAAAAGAGGCGCAAGAAAAAUAAAUUAUAAUGAGUCAGAAAGUGAAUCAGAAGUAGAAAUAACCACCAGAAAGAAAAGAAAGAUUCUACCUGUUGAUAGUGAUGGAGAUGAUGAUAUUGAUGGUGAUUUCAAACCAGUACUGGAAGAUGAAGAUUUGGAUGAUUUUGUCGUAGAAGAUGAUCUUGAAGAAGAAGAUAAACAAGAUUCUGAAGAAGAAAAAGAAAUUUCAAAACCAAGAAAGAAAAUUACUAUUAAUAAACCACCAUCUACCAAGACUUGUUCAUCAAAUUUAACUGAAAAAUUUCAUGCAGCAUCAUCUUAUGAUAAUUCAAAUUAUAAGCCGCAACAGUACCUGUCUAAACCAGUAUCACAAAAGAAAAACUUUGAAAAGCAAAAUGAAGAAAGAUAUCAAUGGUUAAUCAAUAUUAAAGAUGCUGAAAAACGUGAUAUAGACCACCCUGAUUAUGAUCCAAGAACUUUAUAUAUCCCACAAUCUGCAUGGUCAAAAUUUACCAACUUUGAAAAACAAUACUGGGAAAUUAAAUCUAAAUAUUGGAACACAGUGGUGUUUUUCCAAAAGGGAAAAUUUUAUGAAUUAUAUGAAAAUGAUGCAGCUAUUGCAAAUACACAAUUCGAUUUAAAAAUUGCAGGUGGUGGGAGAGCAAAUAUGAAAUUAGCAGGUAUUCCCCACAUGUCAUUUGAUUAUUGGUCAAAUGAAUUUAUAAAACAAGGGUACAAAGUUGCAAAAGUUGAUCAAAUUGAAAGUCAACUAAGUAAAGAUAUUAGAGGUGGUGGGUCAAAAGAAGAAAAAAUUAUCAAAAGGGAAUUAACAAAUGUUUUAACUGGUGGUACUUUAACUAAUUUGGAAAUGAUAACUGAUGAUAUGGCAACUUACUGUCUAAGUAUAAAAGAACAAACACAAGAAGAUGGUUCUAAAAUUUUUGGAGUGGCUUUUGUUGAUACUGCAACUUCUGAAUUGAGUUUAGUUGAAUUAGAAGAUGAUGCUGAAUGUACAAAAUUAGAAACUUUAAUUACUCAGGUUAGACCUAAAGAAGUCAUUUGUGAAAAGGGUAAUCUUUGUAAAAUUGCCACCAAGAUCCUCAAAUAUUGCGCUCAUUCGAAUAAUCAAAUAUGGAACAACUUAAAUCCAAUAACCGAAUUUUGGGAUUAUGACAUAACUUUAGAGCAUUUAGUUAAAUCAAGAUAUUACGCAGCGGAGGAUUUGGAUGAUUUUUCAAAUUACCCUAAGGUACUUCUUGAAUUUAAAAAUAAAUACGUUGCUUUUAAUGCAUUGGGCGGUUUAUUAUCAUACUUGAAAAUCCUAAAAUUAGAUGAAAGUAUAAUGAGCCUUGGUAAUAUUCAUCAUUAUCAAAUAUCAAAAAAUCAAUCAUCACACUUGAUAUUGGAUGGUAUUACUUUAAGUAACUUGGAAAUUUUAAAUAAUAAUUAUGAUGGAAGUGAUCAAGGUACUUUAUUAAAGUUAAUAAAUCGUGCUUCAACAGCUUUUGGUAAAAGAUUAUUGAAACAAUGGGUAUUACACCCCUUGGUAAAAAUUUCAGAUAUAAAUGAUAGAUAUGAUUCAGUUGAAUUCUUGUUGGGUGAUGGUUUAGAAAUAAGAGCUGUAUUACAAGAAUGCCUUGCCAAUUUACCAGAUCUAGAAAGAUUAAUUGCAAGAAUCCAUGGUAGAACCCUUAGGUUUAAAGAUUUCCUCAAAGUUAUUGAAAGUUUUGAAAACAUUGCCAAAUUUUCUAAUACUUUAUUAGAAUUUGCAAAUGUUGAAUGUGGUAUAUUAUACAAGUUCUUAAAAAACUUCCCUGAGGAAAUGGCAGGCUAUAUUUCAGAAUGGGAAGAUGCUUUCAAUAGGCAAGAAGCUAAAAAUGAUAUAAUUAUACCAGCUGAAGGUGUUGAUGAAGAAUUUGAUAAUUCUCAAACUAUAAUGAGUGAUAUAGAAGCUCAAUUGAAUCAAAAAUUGAAAGAUUACAAAAAGCAGUAUAGAUCACAGGAAAUUAUUUAUCGUGAUAUAGGUAAAGAAAUUUAUCUUAUCGAAUUACCAUUAAAACUAGUCAAAAAUGUUCCGCAAAGUUGGGAUACAAUGGGUGCAACAAAAACAACUAAAAGAUUUUGGUCACCAGAAGUUAAAGAGUUAGCAAGAAAAUUAUUGGAACAAAGAGAAAUUCAUAAACUGGUAUGUGAUACACUCAAAUUAAGAAUGUAUGAAAGAUUUGAUCAACACUACCAAACAUGGAUGAAAGUGAUAACUACAAUUGCUAACAUUGAUUGUAUAUUAGCUUUGACUCUGGUUUCAGAAUCAAUUGGAUACCCAUCAUGUCGUCCAACUUUUGUUGAAAGUGAUCAAGGAUUGGUGGAUUUCCAAGAAUUAAGACAUCCUUGUUUUGUUGGAACUAAAGAGUUUAUACCGAAUGAUAUAAAGUUAGGUGGUGAUGAACCAAAUUUUGGAUUAUUAACUGGUGCAAAUGCUGCUGGUAAAUCUACUAUAAUGAGAACAACUGCACUAGCUAUAUUAAUGAGUCAAAUUGGUUGUUAUGUACCUUCACGAUUAGCAAAAUUAACUCCAGUUGAUAGAAUAAUGACAAGAUUGGGUGCAAAUGAUAAUAUAAUGCAAGGCAAAUCUACUUUUUUUGUUGAAUUAUCAGAAACUAAAAAAAUCUUGGAUUAUGCUACCCAGAAAUCCUUUGUUAUAAUUGAUGAACUAGGAAGAGGUGGUUCAACUACUGAUGGUUUUGCUAUUGCAGAAGCUGUUUUACAUCAUUUAGCUACUCAUAUAAGACCAAUUGGAUUUUUUGCAACACAUUAUAAUACCUUGGGAUUGUCUUUCAAAACACAUCCACAAGUUAAACCAUUGAGAAUGGGGAUUAUACUUGAUCAAGAUUCAAGAAAAAUUACGUUCCUUUAUAAAUUAGAAUCAGGCGUAGCACCUGGAUCAUUUGGAAUGAAUGUUGCAUUAAUGUGUGGAAUACCUAAAGAAAUUGUUGAUAAUGCAGAAAUUGAAGCAAAGGAAUAUGAAAAAAUUUCAAGUUUAAAAAAAACUAAAGUAGAAAAUAUGAGUUUAGGUUUACAAAGUGAUGCAAUUUGGUAUGCUAAGGGUUUACUAGAAGAUCCAAAAGCAUUAGAAAUAUUUUGUAAAAUGAUAGAUCAACUUUAA